CAACCGGUUUUAUACAAGCACCACUUAAAAGUUCUCAUCCUUUCUUCGUUGCGAGCUGGCUGGCCACUGGCAGCAACAGUGCUGUGAGAAAGGUUCGAACGCGCAGAUGUUCUCAGUGAAUCACUGUUACCGAUACGUACUUCCAUUGACGCUACAAGUUCCGCGCAUCGCAAGCCAAACCCAGAUUGUCGGUCACUGAAAAUGAAAAUGUACGCAGUGUUGCUGCCGCUGGCACUGAGUGUGUACUGGAUACGGCCCAUUGAAGGGUAUCAAUUUGUGCGCAAAUUUGAUAUCGAUUUUGAAAAUGACACCUUCACCAAAGACGGUCAACCGUUCCAGUUCAUUUCCGGCUCGUUCCACUACUUUCGUGCCCUGCCUGAAUCCUGGAGACACAUUCUGCGCUCCAUGAGGGCGGCCGGUUUAAACACAGUCAUGACGUACAUCGAAUGGUCGCUUCACGAGCCUAUGCCGGGACAGUACCGCUGGGACGGGAUUGCUAACCUGGAGGAAUUUAUUGCCAUUGCAAAAUCGGAGAAUCUGCUCGUUAUCUUGCGUCCAGGUCCAUACAUUUGCGCCGAACGCGACAUGGGGGGUUUCCCACACUGGUUGCUUACUAAACACUCCAAAAUCAAGCUGCGGACUUACGACGCAGACUAUCUUAGAGAAGUGCUUAUUUGGUACAACCAGCUGAUGCCUCGCAUCACGCCACAUCUGUACGGUAACGGGGGCCCAGUGAUUAUGGUGUCAAUCGAGAACGAAUACGGAUCGUUUAGUGCGUGUGAUAAGAACUACAUGGAGUUUUUGAAAAACAUAACCGUGCAUUUUGUGCAAGACAAAGCUGUGCUCUUUACCAAUGAUGGGCCGGAGCUGUUGAGCUGCGGAUCGAUUCCUGGAAUUUUACCGACGUUGGAUUUUGGAGCCACGGACGAUCCAAAUGUUUUCUGGAAGCAGCUCCGCAAGUUUAUGCCCAAAGGACCGCUGGUUAAUGCGGAGUACUAUCCCGGCUGGCUAACUCACUGGAUGGAGCCGAUGUCACGCGUGGAUAGUGGUCCCGUUAUCCAAACCUUGCGCUUGAUGUUAAACCAAAAGGCGAAUGUAAAUUUCUACAUGUUUUUCGGUGGUACCAACUUCGGUUUUACCGCCGGAGCAAAUGAUGUUGGUCCGGGUAAGUAUAGCGCGGACAUUACGUCGUACGACUACGAUGCACCACUGGACGAGGCCGGUGAUCCGACGGACAAGUAUUUCGAAAUACGAAAGGUACUCAUUGAGUACUUCGGAGACCCUGGUGUACAGCCACCUGAAAAACUUCCAAAAAUGUCCCUCGACACGGUGUGGCUGGAGCGACGGGGUUCGUUGCUGUCGAAGCACGGACGGAUGUUGCUGUCGAACCAGAAAGCAGCCGCUAUGGUGCCUGUUACAUUUGAAGCGUUAAAUCAACAUUCUGGAUUUCUGCUCUACGAAACGACACUACCUGCAAACUUGAACCGCGAUCCUUACACGCUGAAAGUGGAACAAAUUCACGACCGAGCCUAUGUGCACGUCGAUAAUGUUUUCUGUGGUAUUCUCUCUCGAGAGACCAAUGCUGAUACUAUUCCUCUCAGUGUGGGGCUCGGAACUAAGCUGCAGCUUCUGGUGGAAAAUCAAGGACGAAUCAACUAUAACAUUCCCAACGAUUUCAAAGGCAUUUUGGGAUCCGUGACAAUCGACAACACGACACUGCACAAUUGGACGAUAACUGGCUAUCCACUGGAUAGCUAUCACUAUAUUCAAAACUUCUUGAACCAUCAACCGAAGUACGAAGACGAUUUAACUGAAGCCGGGGCGCAGAUUUACUACGGAACAUUCCUGAUAAGCAACGACACCAUCCACGAUACGUAUUUGUAUCCGAACGAAUGGGGCAAAGGAUUGGUGUUUGUGAAUGGGUUUAACCUCGGUCGAUACUGGCCCCUGGCUGGACCACAAAUCACACUGUAUGUUCCCAGGCAUAUUUUAACGAAAGGUGUUAACAAGCUUGUUCUGAUUGAGUAUCAAAAGCGCAUUCAGCAUCCCUACGUGCAGUUUAUCGAUAAGCCAAUAUUUGGCUAGUGACGAAGGCACUUUUAUUGACCCGACAGCAUGCGAUAAGGGUGUAACUAAAGCAACAAUACAUUUCCUUAUCAUGGAAAACUAGAAUUGAUUGUGCUCUCCUAAAGUUCUCUUUUAAGGUACUGCUGCUGCACCGUAAAUACUAAUUUCUGUAUUCUACGUUACAACGCACUUUUUAUUGUACUGUUUUACUUUCCCCACGUAACAAGGCACUUUCACUUUGCUUUUACUUUUGUUUCAACCAUACUGUAAACACGAAGACACCGGAGAGGAGCACCAGUGGAACGGUUAAUUUAGGCAUCCACGUUUUGCGUUUACUACUUGCAUUAACACCAACCGAAACUGUGCACAUGUUGUCCAACCUUUCACAGAUUCUAUCACAAAGCGAUAGGGACAUCUCGGUCGCAUAGUAACGGUCGUCUAGCAAAACGUUAUUGGGAAAUGAUAGCCUAAACCUUAGCUGCAUGAGCUUAAUCAACAUCCGCAUGCUCUCCAGGUGGUCGGAGGUGUUUUGGCAAAUGGUUGUGGCGUACUGGCAAGGGUCAAAUUCGUGCUG